AUGAUGCAAUGCACUCAGCUAGAUAUCAGUCAAAUUUGUGGAUACAACAAUGUUGGAUGGACUUUUCAACAGUCUGUUGGUAGUUCAGGAGGUAUGAUUAUCCUGUGGGACAAAAAAUUUAUGGAGGUCAAUGAUGCACUUACUGGGGAAUAUAUUUUAUCAGUCUCAUGCACAAAUAAGUCAGACAAUUUCAAUUGGAUGCUUACCAGUGUGUAUGGACCCAACAAUAUUGUGGAGAGAAUUAGCUUCUGGGAAGAAUUGGAUACUACAUGUAGACUAUGGAAUUUACCAUGGUGCAUAGGUGGAGAUUUUAACACAGUUAAAAAGUGUGAUGAAAAGAAGAAUUGCACCAAGAUCUCCAGAAGCAUGACACAAUUCAAUGACUUCAUUGAGCAUCAUAAUCUGGUGGAUCUUCCUUUGAAAGGUGCACGCUUUACAUGGUCAAAUGGACAAUCCAAUCCAGUUAUGUGUAGGCUUGACAGAUUUCUUAUAACCCCAUGCUUUGAAACCCAUUUCCCCCUCAUCUCCCAACUAGCCAGAGCUCGACCUACUUCAGACCAUAUCCCAAUCCUUCUAGACAUUUCAGAUCCCAGUUGGGGACCUUGUCCUUUUAGGUUCGAGGCAAUGUGGUUAUUAGAGAGUGAUUUUCUAACCCUUUUGAAAGAUUGGUGGUUGUCUUUUUCCUUUACAGGUUCUCCAAGUACGGUGUUAUGGCUAAAGCUAAAGGCCCUAAAAGAAAAACUACGUGUUUGGAACAAGGAGGUUUUCAAACAUACACACACUAGGCUCAAUGACAUUUUGACUGAAAUCCAGGAAUAG